CAAAAGCAAGCAAUUCCUAGCAAACACCUCAACGUGUAAAUAUAGUAAGGAUAAAUGAUAACAAAUUCUACCUACCAGUUAAGAUUAGCGAAGGCAUAUAAGGAGCACCUACGCAUAAAAACAAAUGAUAAAAGUAAUCACUCUUAUUCAGAUUUUAUUAUGCGUUAUGCUACCAUGCAAUUGGAAGUUAAAGUGAUUUUAGUAAUUUGAUAAAUCAUGACAAGUGACGACCCUUUGGAGACCGUCAUAGGCCGGUUCGGAAAAUAUCAAGCAUGGAUUUUACUCCUAUUGACUAUGGGUCGACUUCCGUCAGACUUUCAAUUGGUUAAUGUGGUCUUCGUUGUACCAAGUGUUCAAUAUGUUUGCAUGGAUGAAGGCACACAGAAUUUAACGAAUCACUGUCCUUGCGAUAAUCCGAUGUAUGAUACAAGUGCUAUUGUGAAUUCAGUUCCUACGACUUGGAAUCUCAUAUGUAAUAAAAAACACUUGGCAAGUUUAGCGCAAUCGUCUUUACAAGUGGGUAUAUUGUUUGGCAGCAUAUUGUACGGAUAUAUCUCAGACAGAUAUGGCCGACGAAUCGCUAUUCUACUAGCUCUAAUGUCACAAAUUUUCUUUGUGGGCACAUCAGCGAUAGUACCUCAACUGUGGAUGUUUAUUGUAUGCCGUUUACUCAUUGGAGCAUCGGUCGGUGGAACUUUAAUUUGCUGCUACGUUAUGCUUGUGGAACUUUCUGGAAAAUCCUUUAGGCCAUACUUGACCGGCCUUAACGAAAUAGCUUACACAUUGAGUUAUAUAUUACUCCCACUUAUUGCGUAUUUUGUACGCGACUGGAGGUAUCUACAAUUGUCCAUUUCAAUGCCGUGGCUGUUCGUAUUGUUCUACUACAAUUUUAUACCGGAAUCUCCUCGAUGGUUAAUCACGAAGGGCAAGAAAGAUCAAGCAAUAGAAGUGCUCACCUACAUAGCUAAGAAAAAUAAUCGACCCACAAACAACAUCAAGCAUAUAGUCGAAAAAGAAUUACUACAUAACAAUAGUGAUCAGCAAAACAACGGGUCCUAUUUAGACUUAUUUAAGACACCAAAAAUGAGAGUGUAUACCCUCAUAAAUGCUCUUAUUUGGCUAUGCUGCUCCCAUACUUUCUUUGGGAUAAACCAGUACAUCGGUCGCCUCGAUGGCAAUAUCUACCUUAACGUGUUUCUAUCUGCUAUUGGAUUUGUCCCAGCACUAUUUCUCGUCGUAGCCCUAUCUUUGUACGUAAGCCGAAAGAUGUCUAUGGUCGUUACCUUUGUUGGUACAGGCCUUGUUUUGUUAGUCUUUAUAUUUAUACCGAGCGACAUGAAGUAUGCAACAUUAGGCUUCGCUAUAGUGGGCCAAAUUAUAAUGUACAUCGCGUUUAUCCUGAUAUACUUGUAUACUUCUGAAGUGUUCCCGACCGUUUUGAGGAAUUCAGCUAUGGGUUUCGCGUCCAUGUUCGCAAGAAUUGGUGGCUUUAUAGCGCCCUUUGUGGUUAAUUUGGAUUCAGAAUGGGGCUCUAUUUUAGUUUUUAGUGCAGUGUCACUGUUAGGUGGUGCGUUAUGCCUUCCGUUAAGGGAAACUAAAGACACUGUUCUGUUGAACACGAUUGAAGAGACUGAACAUUACAAAAAGAAGAAAACUCAAUCGCAAUAGUUCUAUAAUUUCGCAUAAAUAAUUACAUAGAGAUAUAAGUUUAUGUGUGUUUCGUUGUGUUUUAUUAUGUGUAUAAUUGAAAAGAAUAAAACUAUUUCUUCUAGUCACUGAA